GCCUUGACAACACUCUUACACUCAGUAUCUACCAUCCUCCUCCUCCAUCUCCUCCUCCUCCUUCUCCUCCAUCUCUUUCUCCUCUCGGUGUAGUUUAUCAUACAGACAAGAGGUUCAGAUUUUGUAAACAGCCGCCACAUUUAGCAGCCACACAAAGCUUCGUCGCCCUCUCCGUCGUCUCCUCCCGAGGGGCGCUGAAGGGGUUAAUGGAAACGAAGUGCCUCCACGACAGGCGGCACACGUGGCAACCCUGCUGACAGGCCGCUCGCCCCAGCCGCCCGGCACGUCAUGCAGACACUUACUGCCGCUGCCGCCACGGUGCUCUUGGUGACACCACCUCAGUCUACGUCCAGACGAGUGAAUGAAGAAGGCCGCGCGUGUGUCAUGCUGUGAAGUGUGUGAGGGAUUUCGGGCAUUCAGAAAACAAGCAUAAAUUACGGUUUGGUAUCUUGACUACAAUUAAACCAGCAGUGGCGGCGGCGCGGGGCAGCGGGGCAGCGGCACUCCAUCCGUGCUCCCGUGACCUGCUGCCGCGACAGUGUCACCGCCAUCGUCUCCAUUGCACCUCCUCCCGCCAGUGUUGGGCGUGUAUUAGUAACGUGCUAAGGUAGAGUUGAUAGUGCAAUGAUGGUGAACCUCCCGUUGUGUCUCCUGGUGGCUGCCCUCACCUUGGCAGCGCGGGCCGUUGCGGCAGUGAAAGGGGGUGAGGAGGAACUGUGGGCGGUUGAGCUGCUGUCCACGAACGAGGCGGUGGCGAGGAGCGUGGCGGCGGACCUGGGGAUGGUGGUGACAGGGAGAGUGUUCAGCAAUGUUUUCCUCAUGAAAGGCGGCGGCGGUCACAACAGUGUGCUGCGACGCCCCAGCAAAGAGUGGCUGCAGCACCGCCUCGUUGUGUGGUCUGAGAGGCAAGUUGGACGCCGACGAAGUUCUCGCAGGAAAAUUGAACCGGUGAGGACUGACACCAAAGACAUGAAUAGAGGUAGAGGCGGUGACGACAAUGUGUGGGCGGAGCAGUUCUCGGGGCGGUUCAUGAGGGACGUGGGCGGCCUGAAUAAAGAACGUCCCAAGUCUCCAUGGGACUUGCUGGUGUCGAAGGAUCCGCUGCGAUGGCGGCAGUGGUACCUUGAGGCCGGGGGUGGGAUGCACCUCAACGUGACGGGGCUGUGGGAGGCGGGAAUCAAGGGCGGCGGCGUGAGCGUGGCGGUGCUGGACGAUGGCGUGGAGCUCACCCACCUGGACUUGGCGCUCAACUAUGACCCGGCAGCCUCUUGGGACCUGCUGGACGCUGACCCAGACCCGACGCCCGUGCCUUGGUCGCGGCACGGCACCCAGAUGGCGGGCAUCAUUGCCGCCACACACAACAACGGCCUUUGCGGCAUGGGCGUGGCACCGUGGUCGGGCGUGGGUGCCGUGAGGAUGCUCGGUUACCUGGUGUGGGACGCAAUCGAAGCGAAGGCUCUCGGUUACGAACGUGAGCACGUGGACGUGUACGUGGCUGCCUGGGGCCCCGUGGACACCGGCACGGUGAUGGAGGGGCCCGGGGUGCUGGCGGCUCGGGCGUUGGCGGAGGGCAUCGUCCUGGGCCGCGGGGGGAGGGGUUCCAUCUACAUCUGGGCGUCAGGAAACGGAGGCUUUGUUGGCGAUGACUGCAACGCCGACGGCUACUCUAACUCCAUGUACACCUUGACGGUGAGCGGCAGCACGCGAGGCGGACACCCGCCAGAGUACGCAGAGACGUGCGCGGCAGCCUUUGUGUCCACAUACAGCGGCGACGCGGACAAGAUCAACGAUCAAGAGGAGAAGAAUGAAGAAGAGGAGGAGAAUGAAGAAGAAGAGGAGGAUGAAGAAGAGGAGGAGGAACAGGUGAGUGGCAUAGUGACCACCGACACGGGAGGCGUGUGUACAGAGUCCUUCCGGGGAUCAUCAGUAUCGGCAGCCAUGGUGGCGGGAGUGUGUGCACUGGCUAUAGACAUGAACCCGGAGCUCACGUGGCGCGACAUGCAGCACCUAAUGGUUCGGGCGGCAGCUCCGCACAACCCGGUGCCCUCCCAGUGGAGCACUAACGGCGUGGGCGCCAAGUUCUCCCAUUACUUUGGCUUUGGUUCCCUUGACGCAGGCAAGAUGGUGGGCCUGGCCCGCGACUGGAAGACUGUCCCGCCUGCCUUCCAGUGCCGCCUGCACGCAUCUCUCCACGACCUGCCGCUGGUGUCCAGCCAGCAUCUGGUGCUGCCCCUCAGCGUGCGGGGCUGCCAGGUGGUGCAGGCGGAACACGUGCAAGUAAACCUGUCAGUGAGCGCACGAACUCGCGGCCAGGUGGAAGUGGUGCUAGAGUCUCCGAUGGGCACCAAGUCCACCCUGCUGCCACAGCGCCCCCUUGACCUCUCGCCCUACGGCAUCUACAACCAUCCAUUAAUGACUGUCCACAUGUGGGGCGAGGAUCCCCGGGGGACCUGGAAGCUGCACUUCAUUUACCACGGUGACGGCGUGCUAGAACCUUUCGGAGGCAAGCGAUUUGUCAACCUUACAAACACACUUCAUAACUGGACCCUCACUAUCCACGGCACGGAGGUGGCCAUCGGCCAGGCUACGCCGCACCACUACUACUACAACGCCUCGCAGCUGGCGUCGCUGCAGCACAAGGGUAAUGACACCACAGCACAGCUAGAAGACGACAUCAAACUGGAAAACCCGACAGAAGAGGCUCAGGAGGUGACAGUCGAGGCUCAGUACUGGAACUCCCGUGCUCUGUCAGGAGGGAAAAUACUUUCUUAUCUAUUCUGCUUCGUGCGCGUUGCUGUUCCCUCAGUUUUCAACAGCGUCAUGUGGCAGAAAAGUGACGGCACUCCAGUGGACAAAGUUGUGCGUCGCUUGAACGGCCGGGACGCCCUGGCGGCUCGCUACCCGAGUAUGCUGGUGGUGCGCGAGGUGGAAACUCCCGACGGUAACUUUACUUGCCACGUGAGGCACCGCGAUCAGAACCUGAUCAGGAUCACUGAGGUGCGGGGCCACCAGGACAGCGUGCCCGAGGUGACCGAGGUGACGCGGGUCUCAGUGCGUGGAGGGACGGUGGUGCUGCCCUGCCCAGGCCUCGUCCCCAUCCUGAGGCCCACUUGGGUAUUUCAGGGACGGCGGCUGCGACCCAGCAGGCGGGUGGUGGUGGGUGAGCAGGAGAUGACCAUCAGGGGCGUGACGGAGGACGACUAUGGCGUGUACCGGUGCCAAGUAAAGUCAGCCAGGUUGCACUACGCCCACACCACGGUGGUGACGCUGCUGCCUGCGCGGGGCCCCGCCACCCUCAUUGCUCACUACGCCCUCACUGCGUACCCUGAGCCUCCUCCCACAGAAGUUCCAUCGUGCAGUCAAAGUUCCUCUGAGGAGAAUCAGAACGAGACUAUAGUUAUGACGGAGGAGGAGGACAACACAAGCUGUCCCGCGCCGUACGAGGUGGUGCAGGGCCACUGUGUGCUGGUGGCUCCAGGGGAACCCAGGUCGUGGCAGAAGGCGAGGGCACAGUGCCAGAGGUUCAAUGGUGACCUGCUGGUGGUGGAGAACGCUGCCCUGCUGCUGGCCCUCAUGCGGCUCUUCCACUCUCAAGGCCUGGCAAACUCGUCCUUCUGGGUGGGUGGUGGGCGGCGCAGCGGAGAGUGGCGGUGGGUGAACGGCGCGUCUGUCACCCCUGGAGGCCCCCUGUGGUACCCUACCCCAAGUGGCGGACCCAAGGAGCUGCGACCGAGACACCACAGAAUGUUCGCUCAUGCACGGGGCUCUGAAGGUCCUCAACGCGGCGAGCAGUCCAUGUUCCGUCAAUUCAAGAAAAAGUCUAGUUUUCGGCAGGAAACACCGAGCCAUGUUCCCACUACGAGGCCGCAAGGAAUGCCCGGCUCAUCUCAGCGGGAAGGUAGUAUUCCUCCACACGCCUCCAGAGACUCCAAGCAGCGCCCGUGGCUGUUCCAAAGCUUUGUGGAUGAGAGCAAAGCUGGAAUAACUCCCGUGCCAGAGGUUCGCCAAGGUUCUGCACCGGGGACUCGCAGUGGUCGAGCUAGGAGUCCCGAAGUGACAAGAAGAGAAGCAACGGGCAGAAGAAAAGACGAAGUGGCAUCGCGCAGAGUCAACCAGAACCGGAAGAACAGAACCCUAGUCCCGGCAAAUCGAGGCUCAGACCAAGAGGAGCUGGCUGCCGACGCUCCUUCCAACAGUGCCAAAACCCGAUUCAAAGCCACCUGUCUCCGGGCCAGACUCCGCCACUUCCUGUCUUCAUGCUGGGCGGGGAUUCGGCUGCGGGCGCUUUGCCAGUAUCAGCCAGGGGAGUCACCAGCUGAGGAGCGCGAUCCUUCCUGAGUCUGUCUCCGCCACACACUCGCUCAGGCACGAGGAGACACGGCUUGUUUCUGUGAGCGACGCGAUGAUUUGACGAACGUGUCCUGCUAAACAGUUCGGUGGUCGUCGGUGUCAGGUCAGGUCAGGUGUGGGUCGGGAAGCUUGGUCUGUGUAUCGGUGCUUCCCUGAUGUUAUUUCUUGUCUUUUUAUCCUUCUCUGUCCAUUAAGUCCUUCCGCUGAUUUUCUCUCUUCCACAUAUCAUACACUGUUUCUUUCUCAUCCUGUAUCCUUAGAUCAUCAAAAAGUGAUUGUCCUAUUAUAUUCUCUUCUUCUAAAUAUGGCCUUUGCAAAGUUAUUGUCUAUUCUUAUGUUGUCUGUGUUAGGUUGUCUGUCAGCGCUGUGAGGAAUGCCUCAGUGACGGUAACGAGGAGACGCUUGUACAACAUUAUCGCCUCAACUGGAUGACAGCCACAAAGCUUAUCAUAUAUCAGCUGACGCCAACAAAUAGUGGUGCUUGGACAGAUGUUUUGUGACUAUAUGAGAAACAACACACUAGAAGUAGGAGUAAAUGAUUGAUUGAACCAGCAACACAAAGCCUUACAAUUCUAUAACUGGCAAUUUAAAAAAAAACUAUUUAAAAAACCCAAACAGCUCACCCAAACAUACGCAGCAGUCUAGACACCUACCCACCCACCCAACCAGCCACACACACACACACACACACACACACACACACACAGACACAGAACACACACACACACACACACACACACAUGCACCCACACACACACAUCAUUCAGACAAAGAAGGAACUGUUUGUUUUCCUGGAGAUGAAAUGCACAACGAGGAACUCUAACUGUCUUGGUGUGUUGUCUUCUGCUGGUGGCUUAGGUGGGGUGUGGGGGACAGUGGCGUGGGAGAAAGAAGGAGUAGCGCCCCUCCAAAGCAUCUCUUACGGCGUGUCACGGAACAAAUCUCGAGAGCAAAUCCGGAAAGCAUUUACGCGUGGACUUUCAAGACGACUGAGUUUCCUGUUACUGCGGAAAUAUAAUAAAUGAGCAAGGGAAAA